AUGAAAUACCCAUCUGAACUCACCGCUCUGCCCAACAAAGAAGAACUGCUCAAAGCGUACAAAGGUGUUAGCAUUGAGUCCCUGCCUACUCCUGCCUUUGUGGUCGACAGGGCAACGUUCCAGAGAAACUCGGACAAAAUGCUCGAGAACGCGCACAACCUCGGCGCCGAUUUCCGUGCCCACGUUAAGACUCACAAAACCCUCGAGGGAACAGCACUGCAGCUCGGCACAGGCAAGUACAAGACCGACAAAAUUGUCGUGUCGACGCUCAGAGAGGCGUGGGGUCUCCUGCCGCUUAUCUCUAAGGGCUUGAUAAAGGACAUUCUUUUCAGUCUGCCGGUCGUUUCCAGCCGUCUGGAAGAGCUUGCAGAGCUGGGCAGCAAAGUAGAGAAUCUGCGUUUGAUGGUGGACAACCUGGAGCAGCUGGACAUUCUGGCUGCGUACAGCAAAAAACACUCGCUGUCCAGAAAAUGGAGCGUCUUCAUCAAAAUCAACAUGGGCACCAACAGAGCGGGCUUUCUGCCUAGCUCAGUGGGAGAGCUCCUUGAGAAAAUUCUCAAGACAGACACCACCCAGACGGUCUCGCUUUACGGCUUUUACUGCCAUGCGGGCCACUCGUAUACCUCUAAAAACUUUGAGCAGGCCCAAUCCUUCUUGAUUUCUGAGAUCUCGAGCGUGAACGAGGCAUGCAAAGAGGCGCUCAAGUUUGACAAGUCUCUGAAGCUCCAGAUGUCUGUUGGGGCCACUCCGACGGCCCACGCGGCUGAAAAGUUUGACCUCAGCACUGUGGGCCAGCUGUUUGGUAAUCUGGAGCUCCAUGCCGGAAAUUAUCCAUUCUGCGACCUGCAGCAGCUGGCCACAGGCUGCAUCGAGGUCUCUGAUGUUGCUUGCAAGGUUAUCGCUGAGGUAGUCUCUGCCUACCCCGGAAGAGGCUCCAAGGCUCCCGGCGAGCAACUGAUCAACGCGGGCGUCAUAGCGCUAGCACGCGAGUCUGGCCCGCUGCCUGGGUUUGGAAAAAUCGUGUCUCCGCCAGGGUACGAAAACUGGGCUGUUGGACGGCUCAGCCAGGAGCACGGGAUCCUGACGCCUGUGGACGAGAAAGACACGAAGCUGAUUCCUAUAGGCACCGUUGUCAGCAUUAUCCCGCAGCACAGCUGUAUCACAGCAGCGUCGUAUCCAUGGUACUACGUUGUUGAGGACGGCAACACGGUGGUGGAUAUUUGGGUGCCAUAUAGGGGAUGGUAG